UUCAUUGAGAAGAGGAGAAUCGAUAGUAGACAAUGAAAUGAUUGAAUUUUUGUGAAUUUUACUGUUUCGCCCAUACGCGAAGAACGGCCACUUGUUUCUUUGUUUCCGCCAAGUAAAACGCGUAAAUGCGUCCCUAGAGUUGUAAGUGCAAAAAGAGGUUGCGAGUAAAACAAAUGUGAUUAUUUAAUUUUUUUUAUAAUUUUAAACUAGCAUAAUACAAAAUUUGAGGUUUCCGUUGAGUAUUUGAAUAUUUUUACUAACUUGAUCCAAAGACUGCAUGCAAAAUAAGCCAGAAACAUGUCAGUGCACGAAGAUGCUGCAGAUGAGAGUGACUCGCUCGUACAGCACGUGGUGAUCGCUCAAAGUAAGACCGGCACAGUUCUCAGCUCUGGUAGCAGUGAGAGAACAACGAAAGAGCAGUCACUCAGCCACGGGGAGUUCGGCCGAAAAGACCCAGGACCGAGUCUCCACCCAGGGCGGUUGUGCCGCCUGUGUGCCAGGAGAAUGGACAGCAUGGUGUACAUAUUCGGCAAGAUCGGGCAGGCACACGGCAUUGUCGAGAAGAUCAACACCUCGCUGCCGGUCACGGUGCGCUGUGACGACGCGCUGCCGAAGCAGCUGUGUGAGGACUGUGUGCAGAAGCUGGACAUCUGCCACGAGUUCGCCGAGGCGUGCGUCCGGGCAGAGCAAAAACUGAAGGCUCUCAGCAAGGCGCAACUGUUCAUAUCAGACGUAGUUGGGGAACGCAAGUAUCUGACGGAAAAUGUCACCAAUGUCCCUGAGACGGGGAAGUUUGGCUGCCCGUUGUGCUGCUGUGGCCUCAUGCUGGUGGAGGACUCAGAUGCGCUGCAGUAUUCUUCUUGCAGUUCUGCCAGCCACGAGCCUGUUCUAGUGACCAGCCACGAGCCUGUUCGAGUGACCAGUCCUCUGAGGCUCACCGUGGCGGACGUCUCCACCGGAGGUACUUACAGAGGGACGAGAGAAGUGCAAAAAGUCUACAAUGAAGAAAAACCUUCGUCAGCAGCAUGUCGAAUAUGUGGGGACAUUUUUGACAGCUCGGAAGAAUGCUUGGCUCACGCGAAGGUUCACUCCUUGGAUGAUUUUUUCCCGUGCAGUGUGUGCGACUUGUGUUUUUCCACCGAGUCGAGCUUCUCGCGCCACUGUGUCGAGCACCGUAGAAAGUGCUCAUCUCCAGAUGAGCUGCGCUGCCCGAGAUGCGGCAGCGUGUUCGGCAACGCCAGGGCGAUGGCCCGCCACAUCUGCCGGCUGCUGUUCCGCUGCCCCGACUGCGGCAAGGCAUUCCGCUCGGAGGCGCGCCUGGCGUUCCACCGGCGGCUGCACGGGGGGGCGAGCGCCACCACCUGCCGCCAGUGCGGCAAGGUGUUCGCUCGCGAGAACAACCUCUUCGAGCACGUGCGGCUGGUUCACCUGGGGGAGAAGGCGCACCGCUGCCCGCGUUGUGGGAAGACGUUCCAGCUGCGCGCGAGGCUGGUGGCACAUCUGCGCGUGCACGCGGGGGAGCGGCCGUUCAGGUGCCGCGUGUGCGGGGGCAGGUUCCACGACAGUGCCACGCUGAAGGGCCACCUUGUCACGCACCUGGACGCCAAGCCCUUCCAGUGCGACAAGUGUGGUCGCUGCUUCUCGAGGAAAACUCUCUUCAAGCGCCAUGUGCUCUCACACAACAACGAUGCCAACCCUCCGUUGAGCAGGAUGCACAAAUGCAAGCUGUGCCCUGAUCUAACGCUAGCGUCAUACUCGAAACUUGUGAAACACAGGAAGGAAGCUCAUCUUGCCGAUACGUUCCUGGAUCAGAAUGAACGGCUGGGCACCAAACCUUUCACGUGUGAAUACUGCGAGAAGUCGUUCGUGUAUCGAGUGACGCUGAUGUCGCACGUGCGCACGCACACCGGGGAGUUGCCGUUCGAGUGCGAGCUCUGCGAGAAGCGGUUCCCCCGGAAGCGCUCGCUCGACCUGCACAGGCGCGUUCACUCGGGCGACAGGCCGCACGGCUGCGCGACGUGUGGCAAGCGCUUCGCUCAGAGAGCACACCUGCGCGCCCACGAGCGCCUGCACACGGGGGAGAAGCCGUACGCUUGCGACGAGUGCGGCCGGAGGUUCCGUCUGAAGGAGGUCAGGAACGCGCACCACCGCAAGCACACCGGCGAGCGGCCCUUCAAGUGCGCCGUCUGCGAGAAGGCGUUCCGCACGUCCCACUCGUACAGCCAGCACAUGUGGAUCCACCAGGGCAAGAGGCCGUACGCGUGCCAGCACUGCGGGAAGGCCUUCCGGCGUUCCAACGGCCUCAAGGUACACAUACGCAUCCACACUGGCGAGAAACCCCACAUGUGCGAUGUCUGUGGAAAGUGUUUUGCCCAGAAGCAGGACAUGAAAAAGCAUAGGAAUCUUCACGCAAAUGGGAGACUGUAGGGAAUAUUCAAGAACUGGCUGUGAAAUCAUUAGGUCCUGUGAUAUGUUACCUGUAGCACGUGCUUGGAUUGUUACUCUAAACUUGCUACAUAAUUAUUUCCAGUUAAAUUGAAUGCACACAUUCAACUUUGAAUUCAAGAAUUUUCGAGACUGAUUUAGGUCUACGAUUAACUUUUGUUUGUUAAUGCAAAAUUGUUUUAGUUUAAGGAAAAAAGUUUUUUAAGAUUUUUCUUCUAUAAAAGUGUAGAACUUCCUGAAAGUACUUAUUCGAACUAUUGAAUCAAAAGAAUAUUUUAAAAACUUAAGUCAGCUCUGCUGUCUUGUGUAUUAUCUAGCUGCAAUUAAUUUAAUCUUAGUCAUACCUUAAAUCAUGACCAGACUAACUUCUGUUUAUGUAUUGCUAUUGUAAAAAUUAUUACAAAAAUUUGUCUGUCUGCAGAUUUGCUUAUAUUAAAGAAUUUCUUUGAAUUGAAUAUAUGUUCAUUGUGUAUCGGGUUGGAUUCCUACAGAAAUUAUUUGAUUAAUUUCAGUACUUUAGCUCCUUGCUACUCUAAUAAGUUGCGAUGGACAGUAGAAUCUCUAAUCUGUGAUAAUGCAAGGAAACUGGCCAUAAGGUAAUGUAGAACACCAGAGCAUGUUGUCAAAAAUAUGUUUUCACUAUCAUUUCCUUAAAUAAAAAGUUUUUUUUUUACCUAAUGUGUAAGCAAUAAAUUUUUUUUUGGAAUUGUGUGGUGUUGGUGUGCAUUUUGAAGGCAUUAAAUGUAUGGAAAAAGAAGUUCUGUGAAUUUAUUAUUAAUCAUUUUGUUUUCAUUUAGAUGAUAUCAGAAUUUUCCAGUAAUUAUCUAACAGAUGAUUCUAGGCAAGAAAACCACCCUGUGUUGUAUGGGAAUCCCAGUAUCAUAGCUGUGUACUUUGUUAGUAAAUGCACACUUUUUUUUUUACAAACAGAAUCAGUAAAAUGACCACACAUUUGAGUAACUUUGUUAGCUUCAAGUUACAGUACUUUGAUAGAGAUUGAAUAAGUUAAUGCUGUAGGAAAGUAACAUAAUUUACAUAUAUGAUAACCAUAAGAUUAAAAAUAUAAUUGUAUAAAUAAACGGUUGUAUUAGUGUUCAGAAGGUUAGUCAGAGUGACAUAAUAUAUUCUUUGAAUGGUUCUUUCAGUGGAUAGAAUCAAGAUUUGAUGAAGUUAAAAAAAAAAAGAUGUCAUUAAAAGUAGAGGAUUACAUCUUUGUCAUCAUUAAAAAUUAAAAUACAUGUAACUAUAAGUAAAUAUCAAAUGCAAUUACAUAUGUAGAUCAACUGCUUUAACAAUUUGUGAUGACACUUAAAAUGUGCACGUAAAAAAAUUGCUCGAUAUAUUCAAGAGAAUAAGUUAAAGUAACUAAAAAAUAUUGCCACUGUCUUAUUAUUUGAUACUAUUAACAUGAACCAAAGAAUCAAUACGGAAUGUUAAAAGGCCAAAAUCAUUAUAAUUACGUUUAUCUUGUGUUGUUUCUAUGUAGGCCUCUUGCCAUUAUGGUAUCAGCUAUAAACU